AUGCACAGGCUGAGAAACCCUAAUCUAGUGUGGAAUACUAAUCUGGUUUCUGGAAACGAUGGUAUGCAGAGUAGUGGGUUAGGUCGAAUUCUGGAUAUGGACAAGGAGAAAGCUCCUGCACCUCCUCCUAGUGGAGGUCUUCCUCCUCCAUCAGGUCGUUACUCUCCGUUUUCGCCCAAUGGAAGUGGCUUUGCAAUGAAAGCUGAAUCAUCGUUUCCUCACCUGACUCCAAGUGGGAGCAGCUCAGAUGCUAACCGAUUCAGCCAUGAUAUAAGCCGAAUGCCAGAUAACCCACCUAAGAAUCUAGGCCAUCGCCGCGCUCACUCAGAGAUCCUUACUCUUCCUGAUGACUUGAGCUUUGAUAGUGAUCUUGGUGUGGUUGGUGCUGCCGAUGGACCUUCUUUCUCUGAUGAUACGGAUGAGGACUUGCUUUCUAUGUAUCUUGAUAUGGAUAAAUUCAACUCUUCGGCGUCGUCCUCUUCUCAAAUGGGUGAGCCAUCAGAACUGGCUUGGAGGAAUGAAUUAGGCUCCACUCCUAACCUUCAGAGUACGCCUGGUAGCUCUAGUGAAAGGCCGAGAAUCAGGCACCAACACAGCCAAUCGAUGGACGGUUCAACAACUAUCAAGCCUGAGAUGCUUAUGUCAGGGAAUGAAGAUUUGUCUGGAGUUGACUCUAAGAAAGCCAUCUCUGCUGCUAAACUUUCUGAGCUUGCUCUCAUUGAUCCAAAACGUGCUAAGAGGAUAUGGGCAAACAGGCAGUCUGCUGCUAGGUCAAAAGAAAGGAAGAUGAGAUACAUAGCAGAGCUCGAGCGAAAAGUACAGACUUUACAAACAGAGGCUACGUCUCUCUCCGCGCAGUUGACUCUGUUACAGAGAGAUACAAAUGGCCUGAGUGUUGAAAAUAAUGAGCUGAAACUCCGAGUACAAACAAUGGAGCAACAAGUUCACCUGCAGGAUGCACUAAAUGACGCACUGAAGGAGGAAGUCCAACAUCUUAAGGUAUUAACGGGGCAAGGUGUUUCCAACGGUGCAUCAGUGAUGAACUAUGGUUCUUUUGGAUCAAACCAGCAAUUUUAUCCCAAUAAUCAAGCUGGUGGCGUUUCUGGUGCACAUUCAUCGGAGGCUCAUGGAUUUGGGAUUCAUUGCAUUCUAAAGUUAAGAACAAGACAACUUAGAAGUUACGUGUUUAGAGUUGUUUGUGAAGUCUGCAAAGAAUCUUGA